AGCCAUUAAUAUCUAUACGGAAACAUAAAAGUACCGACGGUUUCCGUAUCCAUCCACCCCAGGCCGUUAAAAGCACGACCGCCCUUCCCUGGGCUCUCCGAGUUCAGCGCAGUGCGGUGCUCCACGUCUCCGCCUCUCGUCUCAUUCUAGUUUGACUCUGUCUCGAUGGACGUCCGCCGGAGAUUCCCCAAGAGCGCCGCCGCCCGACCGGCGGAGACCGUCCGCUCCUCCGUCUCCGGCGGUGGCGCCGCCUCCCGGGUCCUGGCGUCGGACGCCCUCCCGCUCCCCAUCCGGCACACGAAUCUUCUGUUCUCGGCCGUCUUCGCCGCCUCCCUCGUCUUCCUGAUGCGGCGGUGGCGCGAGAAGAUCCGCUCCUCGACGCCGCUCCACGUCGUCGGCCUGGCCGAGAUCCUCGCCUUCGUCGGCCUCGUCGGCUCGCUCAUCUACCUUCUCUCUUUCUUCGGCAUCGCUUUCGUCCAGUCCGUCGUCUCCUCCCACGACGAGGAGGAGGACUUCCUCCUCUGCCCCGCCCCUCACGCCGCCGCAGCCUCCACCCCACCGGCCGCUGCCCCAACCCCCGCCCCCUGUCCCCUCCUCUGCGACGCCGCAACCCCACCGGAGAAAAUGGAGGCCGUCACCGAGGAGGACGAGGAGAUCAUCUCCUCCGUGGUCGCCGGCACGACCCCCUCCUACAUUCUCGAAUCCAAGCUCAGAGAUUGCCGCCGCGCCGCUGGGAUCCGACGGGAGGUGCUCAGGAGGAUGACCGGAAGAUCCCUGGAAGGGCUUCCGCUCGAUGGAUUCGAUUACGGGGCGAUUCUAGGGCAGUGCUGCGAGCUCCCCGUGGGAUACGUCCAGUUGCCUGUGGGGAUCGCCGGGCCGCUGCUGCUUGACGGAAGGCAGUAUUACGUGCCCAUGGCGACCACCGAGGGGUGCCUCGUGGCGAGCACCAACAGGGGGUGCAAGGCCAUUGCGGUGUCCGGCGGCGCCGCGAGCGUGGUUUUGAGGGACGGGAUGACGCGGGCGCCGGCCGUGAGGCUGCCGUCGGCGAGGAGGGCCGCGGAGCUCGUGGCCUUCGUGGAAGAGCCGAGCAAUUUCGAGACCCUCGCUGUCGUGUUCAACAGGUCCAGCAGAUUUGCAAGGCUCCAGGGGAUUCAGUGUGCGCUUGCUGGGAGGAACCUUUACAUGAGAUUUAGUUGCGGCACUGGAGAUGCGAUGGGGAUGAACAUGGUGUCAAAAGGUGUCCAGAAUGUCUUGGAUUAUCUGCAGGGUGACUUCCCAGACAUGGAUGUGAUCAGCAUAUCUGGUAAUUUCUGUUCUGACAAAAAGCCGGCUGCUGUGAAUUGGAUUGAAGGACGGGGCAAAUCGGUAGUUUGUGAGGCAACCAUCAAGGAGGAGGUUGUGAAAAAAGUUCUCAAGACCACCGUGCCAGUGCUGGUUGAACUCAACAUGAUCAAGAACCUUGCCGGAUCUGCUGUGGCUGGAGCUCUUGGGGGGUUCAAUGCUCAUGCCAGCAACAUCGUGUCUGCCGUCUUCAUAGCCACUGGCCAAGAUCCCGCACAGAAUGUGGAGAGUUCUCACUGCAUCACCAUGAUGGAAGCUGUGAAUGAUGGCAAGGAUCUUCACAUCUCUGUGACCAUGCCAUCCAUUGAGGUUGGUACAGUUGGGGGUGGGACGCAGCUGGCCUCUCAGGCAGCCUGUUUGGACCUACUUGGUGUCAAGGGUGCAAACCUGGAAUCACCUGGAGCAAAUGCUAGGCUUCUGGCCGCCAUUGUGGCAGGUGCUGUUCUUGCUGGAGAGCUCUCUCUCUUGUCAGCUCUUGCUGCGGGCCAGCUCGUGAAGAGCCACAUGAAGUACAACAGAUCCAGCAAAGAUGUAUCCAAGGCUGCCUAAAAGGAUAAAAAUUCAACAACUUGAAAUAAAAGUCCCCGAAGAAUGUCACUACGGGGGAGUAGACGCAGAGCAGUAAAGGUUAGUCUGCCUCAUAAGUAGCUUAAGAGGCAAAACCGAAUCAGAUAAAGACUGUUUUCGUUUUCCCUCUUAUUUUAUGUGGAUUUUGUACUUUGUCAGCUAUCACCUAGCAGUGCUUAGGAUCAAUCACCCUUUGCCACUCGUUAGCAGCAGAGAUGACUCAUUUCUCUAUGAUGCCUUCUCCUGUUAACCAAUGUGAUGUGAUCAACCUUUCCUCCAUGGUUUUUGUAGGCUUUUGUACUGCAUGGCUAGAAGUAGUCAUCUUUUGUUGUAUUUCCUGUGCAUGCGACCUCUGCAAUAACCACCAGCGGAGCUGCUGCUGAAAACUAUUUUAUCUACUUGUAUUUGGCUUAUUGGAGGUUGUCUUCCCUGCCACGUAAUUUUGCUUUGGGAUCUGUUGCUGUGGAACUGCGGUGGAUGAGUUUACACUGCAAAAUAAAUGAAAUGUAAUAAAUAUAGUGUUGGAUUU